AUGCCUGGCUCCUCGCGAUUGCCUGUCAGUCUACGCGAUACGUUCAAUGCGCGGAAGAGCUCCGCUAAUGGCCAGCUCGUCGCCCUGAACAUCGAUGUUCUGCGCAACGUCAUCUUCGUCCUCUUCCUCCUCCGCUGGACUCGCAUCACCUUCUACCAACUCAAAGGUCGCGGCAUCUUCGGCUCCAUCAGCGAUGCCUACAUCAGCAUCCGCCGCUACCUCUACGGCGUCUUCCUCCGACUGCCCGGUGUGCGCGACAAAGUACAAGCCCAAGUCUCUGAAUCUCUCCUGAAGCUCGAACGCAAGCUUGUUCCGAGCGGGCCCGGCGUCGAGCGCAUCACCAGUCUACCCGCUGAAGGAUGGAGCGAAGAAGAGGUGCGCAAGAAACUGGGCGAAUUGGCCGACAUGGAGCACACGCGAUGGGAAGACGGACGAGUCAGCGGCGCGGUAUACCACGGCGGGGACGAGCUGACCAGACUGCAAACCGAGGCGUUUGGCAAGUUCACCGUUGCGAACCCCAUCCACCCCGAUGUGUUCCCUGGUGUGAGGAAGAUGGAAGCCGAGAUCGUAGCCAUGGUGCUCUCCCUCUUCAACGCACCCGAAGACGCGGCCGGCGUGACUACCUCCGGCGGCACAGAAUCCAUCCUCAUGGCAUGUCUCUCUGCCCGCAACAAAGCCUACCACGAGCGCGGCGUCACAUCUCCCGAGAUGAUCUUGCCGGAAACCGCACACACAGCCUUCCGCAAGGCAUGCGAAUAUUUCAAGAUCAAAAUGCAUCUCGUGUCCUGCAAAGCCCCGUCUUACAAAGUCCACUUGCCCUCCGUCUCCCGGUUGAUCAAUCCAAAUACUGUGCUAUUGGUUGGCUCUGCCCCCAACUUCCCCCACGGCAUCAUCGACGACAUCUCCGGGCUGAGCAAACUCGCUGUCAAGAAGAAGAUUCCGCUGCACGUAGACUGUUGCUUGGGUUCCUUCAUCAUCCCCAUGCUACCCAAGGCAGGUUUCGACUUUGACCCUUUUGACUUCCGUCUCCCAGGCGUAACAAGCAUAUCCUGCGACACACACAAGUACGGGUUUGCGCCAAAGGGCAACUCGACGGUGCUGUACCGCUCCGAUAUCUACCGCAAAUACCAAUACUUCAUCUCGCCUGACUGGUCCGGCGGCGUCUACGCAUCGCCUUCCAUUGCCGGCUCUCGCCCCGGCGCUCUCAUUGCAGGGUGCUGGGCGUCGCUCGUCAAGCAAGGCAGCAACGGCUAUCUCGACGCCUGCCACAAGAUUGUCGGCGGCAUGAAGAAGAUUGAAUCGGCUAUCCGCGAGAACCCGCAACUAUCCCCUGAUUUAAAAAUCAUCGGACAGCCCAAAGUCUCCGUCGUGGCUUUCUUGUCCAACACGCUGGAUAUCUACGACAUUGCUGAUGGCAUGUCGAAUAAGGGCUGGCAUUUGAAUGCCCUGCAGAGUCCGCCCGCUAUCCAUGUCGCUGUUACCCUGCCGAUUGUCGCCGUUGUGGACAAGUUGAUUGAGGAUCUUGUCGAGGUUACAGAGGAGGUUAGGGAUGCGGAGCGCAAGCGUAUCGCCGAAGGAAAAGGCGCAAAGGGCGCUGUCAAGGGCGAUACCGCGGCGCUGUACGGUGUGGCGGGAAGCUUGCCCAAUAAGAGCGUCGUUGUCGAUUUGGCCAAGGGCUUUUUGGAUACGCUUUACAAGGCGUGA